GUUUGAGUUUAAACUCAAGCUAAGCAUUAUGACUGCGGUGAUCUUAACAAUUGCCUUAGAGAAUGUUUACCAUGCAGAAGCUACCUUAUUCUCACUCUGCUACGCAAGUUGUAGGUGGUAACUAGUACCUUCGGUAGCUGGAACUCUUCUCUUACACCUCUUCUAUCUUAUCUCAUCCUCAUAUCUUAUCGCACGUGCAAUGGCAUCAUCCCGACCCGGCCUCCAAUCCCGUCCCCCGCGCAUCGGAGCUCCAUCAAUUUCGCCGUCUUCGAAUCCUCGAUUACAAACAUGAAGCUCAACUCUCCCCAACAAGCGACGACAAUUCCUCUUCCUCACACUCACAUCCCACCAUGAGGUCAUCAAGGUCUCUCGUGCGCUCAACCCGCCAACUCCAAACAUCCCUCAGACUCAUCCGCCCAACAUGUCUCCCCCCGAGGGCCCGAGAUCUUCACUCCGCUGCUCCCCGGAAGUCGGGCGUCGCAUCUAACCCAGCAAUGUCCUUCCCCUGCCUCGAUGCCCUAGAAUCCCGUUCUGCCCGCUUGACCGACGACGACACCGAGCCCUCGUACACCUCAGGCGCUACGCAGAAUUAUCUCUGCAAAGAACCCUUCAUGCUAGACUGGGGCGGCGUGCUCCCCGAGUUCAACAUUGCGUACGAGACGUGGGGUGAGCUCAAUGCUGAUAAAUCGAACGCUAUUCUUCUUCACACUGGUCUAUCCGCUUCGUCGCAUGCCCACUCUACAGAGGCCAAUACAAAGCCUGGCUGGUGGGAGAAGUUCAUUGGGCCGGGAGGACCGCUUGAUACGAAUAAGUACCACGUUAUCUGCACGAAUGUCAUCGGCGGCUGUAACGGUUCUACGGGACCGAGCAGUGUUGACCCAGGCAAUGGAGAGCGCUACGCAACGCAUUUUCCCAUCUUAACCAUGGACGACAUGGUCCGCGCCCAGUUCCGUCUUCUCGACCAUCUCGGCAUCGACAAACUCUACGCCUCCGUUGGUUCAUCAAUGGGCGGAAUGCAAUCUCUUGCGGCCGGCGUUCUCUUCCCCUCGCGCGUAGGCCGCAUCGUCUCUAUCAGCGGCUGCGCACGCUCUCACCCGUACAGUAUCGCCAUGCGCCAUACGCAACGCCAAGUCCUCAUGAUGGAUCCAAACUGGAAUCGCGGGUUCUACUAUGGAAAAGUUCCUCCUCAUGCGGGCAUGAAGCUUGCGCGUGAGAUUGCGACGGUUACGUAUCGCUCUGGACCGGAGUGGGAGCAGCGCUUUGGUCGGCGUCGGGCAGACUCGAGUAAACCGCCUGCGCUAUGUCCUGAUUUCCUCAUUGAGACGUAUCUUGACCAUGCGGGUGAGAAGUGGUGCUUGAACUAUGAUCCCAACAGUCUGUUGUAUGUCAGCAAGGCUAUGGAUCUUUUUGACCUGGGCAUUGAGCAUCAGCGCGCAACUCGUGCUCGCCGUCAAGAACGUGAGAAAAAUCUUGCUUCAGGAGAGGCUUCGCCCCUUUCUCCCGACGCAUGCAGUCUUACUCUGCCUAAUAAACCUUAUGAGGAACAGCCUGGAUCUCACCCCGAUCCCUCAGAUGCGACCGUUGUGCCAGGCUCUCGGCCUCCCGAGGACCUGAUCCACGGUCUCGCACCGCUACGUGAUACCCCUACGCUGGUUAUGGGCGUCGCAAGUGAUAUUCUCUUCCCAGCAUGGCAACAGCGCGAGGUAGCAGAGGCAGUCCGUCUAGCUGGAAACAGGAAUGUAACACACGUCGAGUUGAGUGAGGAGAUGAGCAUGUUUGGCCAUGACACAUUCCUCCUGGAUCUAAAGUACAUCGGUAACAACCUCCGCAUGUUCCUCGGCUAGUAAGUGUAUUCUAUAGCAAUGUAAAAUUGGCGCAAGUCUUGGGUUUCAAGUCACAAGUACAUCGCAUUUUCAUCACGCUUUAAGCACACUUCAGGUAGUCAUGUAAGAUCCAGGCUCAAGCCACUGGAUGUUGUAUUCCUUAGACAUUAUCCACUAAUCAUGUCCCGAUGAUAAUGAUGAUGACUAUAUACAAAGAAAAGAAACAGAACUCAAAAGAACGCAGCGAGGGACGGGGGUAUGUGAUAGAUCUAUAAGCGAAAGACGCCAUAUCCAAGAAAAAAAUGUGAUAGAAGAAAAUAGGGGGAAUAAGCGAUAGCCAAACAAGAAAAGAAAUAUUCAUGAGGGUCUUUUUGCCUCUUUUUUGAAAAUCCAACUCGCUGAG